AGCAGACAGGCAUAUAUCAAGAAGAACAUGGAGGCCAAAUCCAAUGAUGAAAGAGUCCCUUGAGAACUUAUACACAUAAUCGACACAGAUGCUCUAUAUCAUGUCUAUGGCAACGAUGACAAGAAGAUUAACUAUCAUGGCAGGAUAAGUAAUUCUUGAACAUUUACCUACAUUGAUGAAAGUUUUGAACACUUCAUUGGACUAUCCGACCGGAAGGAAAUCAACAUCACAUACAGAAAGCUGAGACUAAAUUACAUUCCUUGAUCACUUUAUUGGCAUUUUCACAGGGAAAACUUUAUAUAAGCAGAUUACUUCAUCCGGUUUUUCAUCCAAUAUCCACUGAUCCAAAUACUAAUCCAAAGCAUAGAGAUUCAAGAUGACAAACUUCAGUAAAGGGGCUAUUCUUCUUUUGCUACUCAUCCUUUCUGCACAGUCUUUGGAAGCCAGACUUCAAUCUUGCAAGCCAAGUGGCACAAUAAGGGGUAAAAAACCACCUCCGGGGCAAUGUAACCAGGAAAAUGACUCGGAUUGCUGCAAAGAUGGGAAGCUUUACACCACUUACAAGUGCUCACCUCCUGUUACUGGAACCACAAAAGCGGUUCUCACUCUCAACAGCUUCGAGGAGGGUGGAGAUGGAGGUGGCCCGUCAGAGUGUGAUAACAACUACCAUUCUGACAACACACCUGUUGUCGCGCUAUCGACUGGAUGGUACAGUGGAGGGUCAAGGUGCCUUAACAACAUAACUGUAAGUGCUAAUGGCCGGAGCGUGACGGCUAUGGUGGUCGACGAGUGUGAUUCUACAAUGGGAUGCGAUGAGGAUCAUGAUUAUCAGCCACCAUGUCCUAACAAUAUUGUUGAUGCCUCUAAAGCUGUUUGGAAAGCCUUGGGAGUACCUGAAGAUGACUGGGGAGAGUUGGACAUCACUUGGUCUGAUGCUAAAUCCUGCAAACCUAGUGGCAAGAUUAAGGGAAAGAAACCUCCUAAAGACCAAUGCAAUCGGGAAAACGAUUCUGAUUGCUGUGAAGAAGGUAAGUACUAUGACAUCUACAAAUGCUCACCUAAAGUUACAGCUCACACAAAAGCUGUCCUCACAAUCAACAGCUUUGAGAAAGGCGGCGAUGGUGGGGGGCCAUCAGAAUGCGAUGGCAAGUACCACUCUGAUCACAUACCAAUCGUGGCUCUGUCGACAGGUUGGUUCAACAAAAUGCACAGGUGCUUCAAGAAUAUCACCAUUUAUGGUAAUGGAAAAAGUGUCAAUGCUAUGGUGGUUGAUGAGUGUGACUCCACGAAAGGGUGUGAUGCAGAUCACGACUACCAGCCACCAUGCGACAACAACAUAGUGGAUGGAUCAAAAGCCGUCUGGGAAGCUUUAGGGGUGCCCCAAAAGGAUAGAGGUCUGAUGGAUAUCCACUGGACUGAUGCUUGAAAUGAUGGGAAGGCAAAUAAGUGGUGUGUUUGCGGACUAAGAAUUUGGCUGUUUUCUGGUUUUGAUAUAUGUGAAUCUUGUGUUGUUCAGGAGUUGGAUGCAGUGUCACAUCUGCGUAUAAUCUGAUAUAUAUGAAAUAAAGAUGUUUCCUCAGGUUGAAUUCAUUUUGCUUAUUGUUGUUUACCAUAAACUGCACAGGAAAACAGAGACCAUAU